GCUCAUCCACCACCACCAUGGCGCAUCUGCUGCCCGUCCUCUCGCAAUGCCGUCGAACAUUGUUCAACAGGUUGAUUACGACAACAGCGGCGCGCUUCGCCGACCCAUGGCUGCUACCGGGCACACCCGAGCACAUUGCGCAGACAACGUCGCCCGCAAACGCACCUCCGCCGGAACCCCUGCCGCGACCGGGCGAGGCGGUCGAGACGAUGCGCGCGCGGCUCGUGUACCAGGCGCGCAAGCGGGGCACGCUGGAGAGCGACCUGGUGCUGAGCACGUUCGCGAAGGACCAGCUGGGCGGGAUGGAUGAGGCGGAGCUGCGCGAGUUCGACAAGCUUAUGGACGAGCCGGACUGGGACAUCUACUACUGGGCGACGGGCAAGAGGGCCCCGCCGGAGCGGUGGGCGAACUCGAAGCUGUUGGACAAGUUGCGUGUGCACGUCCGCAAUGAGGGCAAGGCUGUCAGACGGAUGCCGGACCUGUAACCAUAGCCCACAAUUACCUAUGUAUAUUGCGUCCAGGAGAAGAAAG